UGCCGUCGGGUCGCUGAUGAUGCCGCGCGGAGCGGGGCGCUCGUACGUUACUGUGUGCGGCUACAACCGCAGUUCCCCAGAUUGAAGUCGGAUGAAACGGGAGAGGAGGCUGAAAUACAAUGAUGGAUCAUCGGAGCUCUUCCUCAUCGCUUGGACAGCUGUAACGUCGGCGGACACGCGCUUGGAUUCAUCAAAGGGUCGACGUUCAGGACUCCACUCUGUUUGACAUUCAGCCCGGGACAGGAUGAUCGAGGAAGGCAGUAAACGAGGCAAGGCCAUGGUGGAGAAGAGACAGCUCUUCAUGGAAAUGAGAGCUCAAAACUUCGAUGUAAUCAGACUGUCGACUUACAGAACUGCCUGCAAACUCCGAUUUGUGCAGAAGAGAUGCAACCUUCAUCUGGUGGAUGUCUGGAACAUGAUCGAAGCGUUUCGUGACAACGGGCUGAACACAUUGGACCACAACGCUGAGAUCAAUGUGUCGCGGCUGGAGACGAUCCUGUCUUCCAUCUACUACCAGCUCAACAAGCGGCUGCCCACCACACAUCAGAUCAAUGUGGACCAGUCCAUCGGGCUGCUGCUCAACUUCAUGGUGGCCACCUACGACAGUGAGAGCCAUGGGAAGCUGACAGUGUUCUCAAUGAAAGCCAUGUUAGCAACAAUGUGUGGAGGGAAAAUAGUGGACAAACUACGCUAUAUUUUCUCGCAGAUCUCUGACUCAAGUGGAGUCAUGAUGUUUGCAAAGUUUGAUCAGUUUCUGCGGGAGGUGCUGAAGCUCCCCACAGCUGUGUUCGAGGGCCCUUCUUUCGGUUACACAGAGCACUCGGUGCGGACGUGCUUCCCCAGCAAGAAGAAGAUCAUGCUGAACACAUUUCUAGACGUGUUGAUGGCAGACCCUCCCCCUCAAUGCCUCGUAUGGCUACCACUCAUGCACAGACUUGCUAAUGUUGAAAACGUCUUCCAUCCUGUGGAGUGUUCAUACUGCCGCAGCGAGAGCAUGAUGGGUUUCCGGUAUCGGUGCCAGCAGUGCCAUGGCUACCAGCUUUGCCAGAGCUGCUUCUGGCGUGGCCAUGCUAAUGGUCCCCAUAGCAACCAGCACCAGAUGAAGGAGCACUCAUCGUGGAAGUCGCCGGCCAAAAAGCUGAGCCAUGCCAUCAGUAAAUCUCUGGGCUGUGUCCCCAUUGGAGAGCCGCCGCAUCCUGUGUUCCCCGAGCAGGCGGAGAGGCCGCAGGAGCUCACCCACACUGUUCAGCCGAAACCAGUGGCCAACAACAUGAACGACACAAUGCUCAUGUCCUCCGGGGCACCCACUCCCACCAAAAGCGUCUUGGAGAGUCCAAGCCGGUUAGAUGAAGAGCAUCGCCUCAUCGCUCGCUACGCCGCCCGCCUGGCAGCUGAGGCGGGAAACUCUACACAACAAUGUCCUCCAACAGAUCUGAGUUUCAACUUCGAUGCAAAUAAGCAACAGAGACAGCUGAUUGCAGAGCUGGAGAACAAAAACAGGGAGAUCCUCCAGGAGAUCCAGCGGCUGCGUUUGGAGCACGAGCAGGCCUCUCAGCCGACCCCAGAGAAAGCCCAGCAGAACCCCACACUUCUGACCGAACUACGGCUCCUCAGGCACAGAAAGGACGAGCUGGAGAGGCGCAUGUCGGCACUGCAGGAGAGCAGACGCGAGCUGAUGGUGCAGCUAGAGGGACUUAUGAGGCUGCUGAAGUCCCAGUCUGGAGGCUCCCCUCAUUCUUCCCCCAGUCACGGUGCGGGCUGCUCCAUGCCUAUGCCCAUACGCUCCACCUCAGCUGGGUCAACCCCGACUCACACACCACAGGACUGCCUGGCAGGGGUGGGAGGGGAUGUGCUCGAGGCCUUCGCUCAGGGUGUACCUAGAAAUCUUCGGAAUGAUCUAUUAGUUGCUGCAGACUCAAUCACAAACACCAUGUCGUCACUGGUGAAAGAGCUCCACUCUGUUGAUGAUGGGGUGGAUGAAGAGGAGACCAUCAUGAGGAACGGUGGGGACAGAGGCACAGCGAGAGUACCGAAGCACUGAGGACAAGAACAACACCAUUCCACCCUGUAAGGACAUACAGUCAUCAACUGGGAAGAAUCAGAAACAAGAACAACAUCCCCUGGCAUUAGCACGUAGAGUAAUGCAUGCUGUAAUCUAACAGGAUUUCACUAUGUGAAAAAAACGUUCUUCACACCUUGCAGGUAGCAAGAUGUGUCUAAUUAGCGAGUGUGUAUGUUGUCCUGUAAACAAAAACUGCUGUAAUUAUCCAACGAUUCCCUCAUGACUGCUAAAGAAUGGCUUGCUGUGCUUUCUCCCGUUGCAGCAGAUCAUUCUGUAUAUAAAAUACUGUACACACAUGGCCACGGGAACGCCACUACAUGAAGGUGACCUCCUGUCACAACGCGUUCCCGUCAUUGCUUUUGUAUGAUUAGCGCUAGUUUUACUUAUUUCGUUUUUUUGGGGUUUUUUUAUUUGCUUUUGCAUGAAGUUGCACUCAUGUCUGGAUUAAGGUACUGUACCAUGCUAUGCCAGCUCUUUGUGGGUUUAUGGCGACAGCUGAGGUGUCAGAAGUGUUCUGCCUCAGAAUUCACUUUGAGUGUGUUUACUUGCACAUCCGUGUUCUGAAGUUUGUCAAAGAAAAUAUUCAAGUUUGUCAAAGCAGACUUCUCAGAGUCUUGCAGUCAGAGUGCAUUUGUUUGCAAACCAGCAGAGACACAACACAGGCCAGCACACAGUUUUUCAAUCCAGUGUUUGUACCAAUUGAACAAACAAGAUAAGAGAUGCUUACACUUGGAUUUUAUUACAUGUAGGACAGGCUUUAUGCUGUGCUGAGUGUCUCCUGUGUUUACAACUAUUAUUUUUGGGCUGUUUUUAGUUCAUUUAAUAAGUAAAGGAUUCAAGAAUUCAAUGCUAAACAGACAGCUACCAGCCUGUGUAUUGUACUGAUUUAGGUAGUUGUAUGAUGUUAAGAGAUAGAUUAUAUCUUUUUGGUAAAUAUGAGGCUAAGCUUGCAACGAUUUAGCUUAGCAUUAAGCCUGGAAACAGUGGAAAAGCUGAUCUUCCAUUAUGUUGAACUAAAUCUUCCAAACAGCAUCUCUAAGCUCUCAAUAUCAUGUUUGAUUACCCCCCCCCCCAAAAAAAAAAAGUAAGCAUAAAAGAAGUAAUAGUUUUAAAGGGGGUUAGGGGCUGAACUAUAUCUUAGCUGAACACAGAGACAUGUUAGUACAUUUAAACAGUUGGUGCAUUAGCUGUAUAGUUCACGUGGAUCGUUUAACCUCUGCUGUUAUCAGUCUUUAUGCUGUGCUCACUGCUAGCAGUAGCUUCAUAUUUACAGACAUGAAAGCAGUAUCAAUCUAGACAUAUAAUCCUCUGGAAGACAGAUAUUAUAUUUGUUCUUUUGUAGGGGACCAAACACUCCUUGGUUUUUUUUUAUGGAGGAGCUGAGGUUUGGUUUCCAUUAUAAUGUUAUUUCAAUUCAUGUGUACAGGUAUAUACGUAUGUUGUUUCAAAAGUAACAGCUGGUAUCCAGAAUACUUUGUGCACGUAAACACACUCACUGAGUCGCAUACUAUACUGCUGCUACUGUGCUCUCAGUGAGCCACCCUUACAAAUAAGAGGGCUGUGCGAUAAAGAGAACCCAAGGGGCUACUACAAACUCAAUAAUGAGCUCAUUACAUCCUCCCCGUACAAACCUAUCUAAACUCAACUAGCUGGUAGCCUAAGUGUUUAUCAUUUAAGUGUAGGGACGCACCUCAGGAUGUUCAAUUAUGGAGAAUUAGGCAAUGAGCGUAGCUUUGAGUAACAAAAUGAACACUUAUAUAUGGUUUGUGAGGAUGUAAGGUUGUAGUAGGUAUGUAGGAAAAACUGUAUUUAGGUGAUAAAGGAUUAUUGAAAAUGUUUAUGUGCAAUGAAAGUAGGUGCUCAGGGAAUGCCGAGCUACUCCAGGAGAAAUAUGGUCCUUUUACUGUUAGAUACCAUUGGUCACGGCCCCUGAGGUUUAAAGUCAAUGACUAAGUAAAAAAAGAGGGUUUCAUUCCAAACAAUACAUCCACAGUUAAGAGAAAGUAGUCCUUUAACUUUCUUGUGAUUUCUGUUGUUUAACUGGGUUCAAAUGUCCUGGAGCAGAUCUUUAUAUUCUCAUUUCACCAGUAAAUGUGUCUCGUUUUGGAAUGGAACUCUUAACAUAAAGGUAGGGAAAACAACAGUAAGUGGUAAAUGUUGGGUAAAGGAAUGUGGAGCACACUGUCAGAAGUAGGGAUGGUUUUUUUUCAGAAGUGCUAUUUGGUGAAGCAUGUUGUUGGAUAUCGUUUUCUUCUGUGUGUGAAUUAGUGUCCAUCACGGGAAAAGGAGAGUGACAAGUAGCCGUAAACCAGCGAGGAUUUUAAACAGAGAUCAGGUCGAAGUUACCUUUACAUUUUUGUCUUCUGGUUCAAUGUUUUUUGUCCGUUCCUUUAAAUUGAGAAUGAGCAUUGUUUGCUUGAAAUUCGUGUGAAAAAGGGCCUGGGAGCUGUUUGAGAGAAAUAUGUUCAAGAAAGUUGUGGGUCAAAUCUGGCUGAUUGGAACUGAAAAGCAGAAAAACGUAUUGUUUCGAGAUUUGUACAGCAAGCCUGUCCUAUAAGCUACGUAUACGGUUUCAACAGCCUGUUACACUGUCAAGAAAAAGAACAAAAAGAGGCUCCUUUGCUCUCGAUGUUUUUAAAUGUGAUGUUUUUAUCAGUUCUCUGUUCUGCUCUACGUCUAGCGUUAUUGUUAUUAUUCUGGUUUGUAGUAUUAGUGGAGUGUAGUCAGUGUAAUGAUUUUGUCCAAAAAUUUAGAUUCACCUGCGCGCUCACACUUGAGCCCAAUUAUUUAAUAUGAAGAAGGUGUAGAGAAUGAAAUGACAAAUUCUGUGCUGUCAAUGCUGUCAAAAAUGUACAGCAGAAAUCAUCCAGAAAUGAUUUAAACACAGAGGAAAAUAUGUAACAGUCUUCCCCUUCAUUCUGGCCAUGCAUUAGAAAAGCUUGCUCUCUUUUUGUUCUUUCAGUUUGUGCCUGUAGCUGUUCUGUAAAGUGCUGUAUAAAGUAACCAUUCAGCAAAUAAGAUGAUCUAUCAGCCUUUAUGUCUGUGACUAUGUAGAUUUUUUUAUUUAUUUAUUAAUUCAAUGUGUUCUGGGGGAAACGGACGCUCAGCCUUUACAUUUGUGCCAAACUGUUUGCAGACAUUGUGUGUGUCCUUUUUAUCAUUACAGGUAUAUAUCAAAGUAUAUCUGCAUUCGUGUGUUGUCGUUGCUCAUAGUUUUACUCACAGAAUGCCUGGAGAUGUUCACGGUCAAAUUUUCUCAUUGCUGGAAUCUGCUGGGAAAAGUCGCUUUUAAUAGUUGAUUAACACAUUCCAAAUCUACAAUACAGAUAGACAGGCACUGAUGUCAUUCAAGCCAACGUGUAGGCAAUACUGUAAACCCUGUCAGACGAAACUCGGGGUAUUACUAAUAAAACACAGUCGGUCAUACAGAGGUGCACACAUUGUAAUACUUCUAUUGUUUGCAGAGAGACAAUGUGCAAAAGAAAACAACCUGGACAUCAAUGCUCCCCCUGAUGUUAUUUAUCACUGUCUGUGUUCUGUAUGGUUAUGCUUCUGGUACACAUUUGUUUCUCAUGUUGAUUUUUCAAAAACAUAGUUUUAUGUCACAAAGCCACUGUCUUUUGUAAAUAAAUCAAAUGUGAGAUAUAUUAAAAAGAUUUAAAAUAUGGCUUAAA